GAAAGGAGGCAGCGGGCGGGGGCUGCGCAAAACUUCCACUCCUCUCGGGCUCCGGGGAAGGGCCUUGGUCCCAGCACCAGCCUCCGGAGAGAAAGCUCGGAGCCAGCCAGCCCGCCCUGCCGCAGCCCUGCCGUCGACCUCCGGGGGCGAGGCGGAGCCAAGUCUUCCGCGUGGCUGGCUAGCGGCCGGGAAGGGAGGGGAAAGGAGGAGCGGGCUGGCGGGAUGAUCGGGACGGUCCUCUGUUACGUCCUGCUGCCCCUGUCGCGGCUCCUGCAGGCUUUCCAAGAUGCUUUCUUUACCUGUCGAAAGAACGCGCUUCUGCCAAAGAGCACAUCUAUAGACGGCCUUUCUGCUCCAAUCGGUGGGAAGCCAGACUUGGAGGAGAAGCAAGCCCUGCUGCAGCAGUGGCUGGAGAAGGGGGCUGGUGGGGUUUGCACUAAUGAGAGGGCUUCAGAACUGGACCAAGUAUCAGCCAUUUCGGCUGUGGAGUGGCAAGAAGGCCCAAAGCUACUGAUGACAAGCUUAAGCAACUUGAUUGUCUCACCACAGUCUAAUGGCCAAGAGGAGGAAAAGGAACAGCAGCAGGAGGAGGAGCUGCUGCAAGGGGUCCCCGUCGAGGGAUCUUCUGAGCUACAGGAAUUUGUAGAACCUACUCUGGCAAGCUCACCAACGGAGGAAAAAGAAGAUGUGGAAGUCAAUGCUCCAUGGGCAGCAGUACGGACAGAGGGUGAUCCUCCAGAUGUGGAUGCUUCUGUGUCGUCCACAGAAGUGUGGAUUGAAGAGCCUGCUGUAUUAGCCUGGAGUCCUGCCCAGGAGAAUGAUGUGAUACCAGCCGAGGCAGUAAUGUGGCCUUUUGCAGAUGCAGGUCAAUUUCAGCCACUCCCCCUAGAGAUACCUUAUCAUGAGAUUUUGUGGAGAGAUUGGGAAGAUCUCUCUGCCUGCAACCCAGAGCUGAACCCAGAGAGUGGGUCUCUGUUUGAAUUCAGAGUAAUGUCUUACAACAUUCUGGCCCAGGACCUGAUUGAGCAGUGCCCACAUCUUUACAUGCAUUGCCAUCCGGAUACGCUAAACUGGAGCUAUCGUCUUGCAAAUCUCCUACAGGAGAUCCAACACUGGGAUCCUGAUAUUCUCUGUCUCCAAGAAGUUCAAGAGAAUCAUUAUUGGGAGCAGUUGGAGCCAACACUGAUGAUGAUGGGCUUUACCUGUGUCUACAAGCGGCGGACAGGAAGAAAAACAGAUGGUUGUGCAAUCUGUUACAAGCAGAAUAAGUUCCAACUGAUCAGUGCUAGCCCUGUUGAAUACUUCCGGCCCGGUUUGGAUAUCCUCAGCAGGGACAAUGUGGGCCUGGUGCUACUACUACAACCCUUAUUAACAGAAAACCUGGGAGACAAGGCAAUCAGCCCUUUGUGUGUGGCAAACACUCAUGUAUUGUACAGUCCCCGUCGGGGAGACAUCAAACUGGCACAGAUGGCUCUGUUCUUGGCAGAGAUUGACAAGACCGCAAAACUGGCUGAUGGCAGUUACUGCCCCAUCAUCUUAUGUGGGGACCUGAACUCUGUGCCUGACUCCCCACUAUAUAAGUUCAUCCGGAAUGGCCAGUUGUACUAUCAUGGAAUGCCAGCCUGGAAGGUGUCUGGACAGGAGGAAUUCUGUCAGAACCCACACCAGCGGAAAUUGCUGUUUCCUCUGUGGCCUGGCUGCCUGGGUAUAACAGAUGAUUGCCAGUAUAUCACUCUUUGUCAAAGCAAGAAGUCAGGUGAAUCUCAUGACAGACUUAAAUACAGUCGUGACUUCCUGCUUCAGUUCCGUUACUGUGAUGUUGCCUGUGAGCGACCUGCAGACUUGAUCCUGUUGGAAGGUGUGACAGAUGCUGUGCCAGACCGUCCUGCCUAUUGGCCUAAAGACCUCAUUGUGGAGAACAACUCUGAUCCAGAACUGGUUUGUUCAAGGUAUCCAGGUAGUAUUCACCACAAUCUUAACCUGACCUCAGCUUACAACCAUUUCCUGCCCGAGAGAGGUUGCCAAGAGAUUACAACCAUGCCAAUGGGAGUGGGAGCCACUGUGGAUUACAUCUUCUACUCAGCAAUGCCAAUCAAGAAUGAUCAGGAAGAAUAUCGCAGGAUGUACCAAGAUGGAGCCCUAAAGCUGCUUGGCCGCCUCUCCCUCCUCUCUGAGGACAUCCUUUGGUCAGCAAAUGGCUUGCCAAAUCCUUUCUGUUCAUCUGAUCAUCUUUGUCUGCUGGCCAGUUUUGGGCUAGAGAUUCCUGACUUCUAAUCAUGUGCCAGAUCUUCAAGACUCUCUUAGAGUUGGCCUGAAUGGGAAAAUCAUGCCACUGAAGUUUGCAUCGGCGAGCGAAAAGAAAAAAAAGGAUCUUCCCCACCCUCCCCCCUUCCCUAUUUUUGAGAUGUCCUUGUUCUUUUCUCCCUUUUUUCAUGAGGAAAUAAUGAUUUGGUUUACUCUAGAAUUCUGCAGUCCUAGUCUGAGCUUCACUGCCACUUUAUGUCUGCCUCUAGUCUGGCUCCUGUAUCACCUGAAAGGGCAUCCUGCCAAUUGGCAGUCUUGUCUGUUUGGUCUUCCUCUGGUUUGAAACUGUGCUCACUCACUCAUCCGUUAGCAGGGCGUGUCAUGGAGGAUCACAAAAAUCUGAACGGAGUCUUCAUGUAACGUGGGCUACACACGCACAUACACACACACACACACACUUGCUUUGUGCUGCAGGCAGCAAGAGAUCUCUAUACUGUUUACUAUUGCACUCAACUCAGAGUGACAGUAGUGUGAUUUUAAUUUUUUUGAAAGCUAAUGAGCUAUUGCUUCCAAUGAUCCUGUUUGCACAGGUAAAUGCUUAUUGGCAUGUCCUUCUUGUCUGUUUGGUAAUGGAAUUAAUUCACAGCUGGCAUCCCCUGACUAACACAGUUACUUUUCCAUAAAGAUUUUCCUGGCAAUUUAAUUUGUUUGCACGUCAACAAAGCUUCUUGAAAACUACUCUUUAGAUUAAAAAAUUUAUUCUCUGUUCUGAGAACAUUGCAUUUUAUGAUCAGGUUCUUCAAGAGGCUUUUUACACACCGAUUCACAACUUUGGGAUGCUUUUGGCUGUCUCUGGUGACAACUAGAGUUGCAAAUAAGGACUGCCAAAACUAAUAGAAAAUGACAGAUGCUUUAAAAAAAAAUGGAAGCCACGUUGUUGGGAACUCAAAGUGGGCCUGACAGUUACUGCUCGUUGUUUUUUUUUAAAAAACACCACAUAUUGACAGAUCGUUAAAUGCAUAUGUGAUUCAGAGUAAUGGUUGGUCUGUAAAUAACUCCCUUUCUCAAUAUAUAGAAAUUUUAUUACAGUAUGUGCAGGCUGUGCACCACAUUGUAUUGUAAAAAAUGCAU